UUCCCCUGUACCCACCCGCCCGCUGCUAACAAGCCAUUUGCACGCACCUCCUUCUCGCCCUCCACCAUCUAUUUGUUUGCCAUCGAUCCUCAUCGCUCCGCCCAAAAACACUCGGCACUUGUACAUGCACCUGGUCGCCAUUCCCGUCCUCACCCUCACCCUCACCCUCACCUGCCGGCCCAUGGCUGCCACCUUAUCUCGGGGGCUAGUCCAAAGGUCAGCAUUCGGCCCUUCCCGUCUCACCUGUAGGUAAGCCGCCAUCUCUGUGUGUUGCUUGGUGAUCCGACUUCAUCGCACGCCCAGGUAAAUGCACAUAUAUGCUAUUACAUAUAUAUCACACCAACAAUCCGUCUCCGCACCGAUUACUCGCGUGGGCUGCCUCGCCCGCCGCUUGUUGCUGCCUUCCGUCCCCCUAAGGCGCCACAAGCCGAACCUCACGUACGCCUUUACACCAUGUACCCGUUAAACUUUGUUAUCCUACCCUGGUCCGGCUUCGGUGAUAUUCCUCUCCCCCCCCUCUCUCUCUUUUCCCCCCCCUUCUCAUGAGUCGUACUACACACACCAUCGCGUCUUAUGACAAAUGAAUUCGCUGCCCAUGUACUUACUCUUGUCACACUCGGCAGCCACGAGAAAAGGAGAAAGAAAAACAAAGGAAUCCUUUCCAAUGUUCCAAUCGGAUCCUGACCCGCUUCCUUUCCCCUGCAUCGCCAACCUUGUCUGUGCGCGACCUACCCGUUCUCCUUAGCCAUCUUUUCCAUGCUUUGCCAAGUUCUUAACGCCGUGCCCCUUCACCAACACCAUUUCCGUGUGCCACCGUAAAUCCCUAGGCCACCUCACCGAGUUAGUCCCUUGUGAGAGUUGGGGCAGCAAUAUCAUAUGUAAUCAAACGGUUGUCGUGAAGAAUACCUGUAUUGUCUUGGCUUAGAUUUACCUUUGCAAAAUCCCAUCCAAUGUCUCAGUGUGUCUUUUUAGUCUUGUCUAAUCUAUCCAUCUCACUUUGAUAAAUGGCCUUCCGUACCGUAUACGUAAUCACAUAUUUCAGCAGCAACAUGCCACUCACCUACGUUGCUGACAUGUCGAUUACUUUAUUGAUAUAGUUUGGUUGAUCGAUUCCAUCGGAGUAGUCACCAAGCGUUGCUCGCCCGUGUCAACGACAACGACCCGGGAUAUAUGAUACCUCCAUCCCACCGUCAACCAGAAAUGCGCUUGACGACACUGUGCGCUUUGCUGUUCUGUAUAAUCAUGGCCAGCUCCAUAUAGGAUAGGAUAGAAGCAGCCGCAGGGAGACGAGCAGGAACAGAGCUCGAGCAAUCAAUACUACGUGGCCAAGUACUAAGGCAAGUGUGUAUGUAUGUAUAUACGUACUAAACAAACAGUUGUCCCGCUCUUGCCAUGUUUGGGUCGCGCUGGGCUUCUUCCAGUGGGGGACAGCCGUGCCUGCCUUUCUUUCUGAUUCUACGGCGGUCUUGUUUACAACACCCCCAACACCCCCAUAACCUGAGGUCACUGCUACCCCAAAACCCCACCCUCACGCACACCCUCUCUCUUUCUUGAGCACAUCCACCCGCUCUCUCGCUCUGUCUGCACUGCUGCCACGCUCGUUCUGUCCCCGUCAUGGUUCCGCAUCAACCUUUCCGCGGCUCCAUUGCCAUGGGCGCCUCCAAAUACGCGCCUCCUCAGCGCAAGAAGGAGCACGCCGCAUUUCUCGCAGCCUCGGCCAGUGCUAUCUCUGCCUCUGCUAUCUCUGACGCUGCCAGCACCGCGGGCUUAGACAUGUCUUUGACUGUCCGUCAGGAGCAACCACCCGCCGCCACCGAGACUAAGUUGAAUCCUGGUCUGCAGGUAGCAAUGGAGCAAGGAAUGGCAUUGAAGCAAGAAGUCGACGAGCAUACAGCAAAGCUGUCCAAGUCCACCUCCACUGCUGCAGCCACUCGCCAGAUACUUAUGGCGCUCCAUGAUGCUCUCAAGUCUGAAGACCCUGCGGCCGCUGCCGGGAAACUCCAGGUUGUCGAGACGCUCUGGUUUGAGCUGGAAAAGCUGUACACCAGCAUUCAAGAAGCUAGGUCUGCGCUACCCGGUUUCAUCGAGAAACAGAACCAUGCUGCUAGCCUAAUAAUCGGCACCGUCGCCAACUCGGCCUUUCGAGGUGUCCACGAUGAGCUCAAAGUUCAGCACCAAAAGGUCGAUCUCCAGCACAAUUUGCUCGUUGAGCAGGAACGUGCUUUCGAAGACGCCAAAGCCCGUCUCACAUCACAGCUUCAGGAACAGAGCGAGGCUCAUCGUGCCGAGGUCUCCGCUUUGAAAGAUAGCAUUUCCCGCAUGGCCUUGACAAACGGUUGUCUCCGCCAGGACCUCGACGCAAAGACCAAAGAGGUUGCAGUACAAGAUCUAGAGCACAGGAAGAAUCUUGCCAAGGAGCAGAAAAAAGCCGAGUCUCUCGCUGCGGAACUCAAACACACCCAAGAAAAGUAUGGUAAUCAGAGUGUUGAGUAUGGCAAUGCCUUUGCUAGUAUGAACGAGCACAAGAAGACUGCCGAGGAUCUUCGUAAGCAGACCGGAGACCUUCAAGAUACCACCAAUGAUUUGCGAAGCCAGCUAGCCAAGGUGACUUCUGAGCGAGGCACCCUCUUGGAACAGUUGUCUCGCGUGAAGGAAGCCGUGGCUACUGCCGAAGCGACUUUAAGGAAGUUGGAAGAAGAGCACAAGUUACUCAAGGGUGCAUUCGGUGCCGUCAAGAGUGAGAACUUGGAAUUGACGACCAAGCUCAGAGGUGCACAGCAGAAAGCUGAGCUGCUCAACUGUACAUGUGCGAACCUAAAGCUCGACAACGACACACUUCGCACUGCCGCCGCCGAUGUCAACAAGAAGCAGAAGGCCGAAAACGGCGCGCUACAGGCCUCGAACACCGAACUCCAGAAGCAACUCUCCGAACUCAAAAUGGCCAACGACAAGCUGAAUGGCGAAGUAGACGCGCUGAAAGCGUCCCGAGAUGGUUUCAGUAGACAGCUUCUCGAAGCGAAGGCAGCGAUCAAGAACGCUGAUCUCAGAGCUUCUAUGGGGCCUGCCGAGACCCACCAGGAGAUCGCGACUCUGAAAGAACAACUCGCUAGCGCUACGCAGCUGGGUAUUGACGCCUACAGUAAAUUCAAGAGCAUGGAGCCCACGUAUAGGAAGGCAGAUGAGUAUCGCUUGGAGAACGAGAAACUCAAAGCCGGGGGUGCAACAACUGCGGCAACCGAGGUUGCUUUCUGGAAAAGCAAGUACAACCAAGUUCUUGCAGAGAAGCUUGAGGGUUAG